UGGUGGCACGCGCUUGUCUCCAGGCGCUCGCGGCGCUGUGCGUGGAGCGCGGCUACGCGCUGCGAUUCGACGGCUUCGAGUCGGCCGCGGGUGGCUUCCGCUGCGUCUUCAGCGUGGAGUGGCGGCGCGGCGGGCACGCCUGCGCGGAGACGUUCCGCUCGCGGCGCGUGCACGCGACCAUCCGGGCCGCGCAGAACGACGCCGCCGCGGAGGCGCUGGCCCGGCUGCGGCGCGCCAGCGAGGAGCCCGCGCCUGCGCCCGCGGCGGCCAUGGGCGGGGCUCCGGCGGCGGCCGCGCCGCCCUCGCGAGACGCGGCCGCCCCGCUGCAA